AUGUCUUCGACGCACAAGGACUACACAAUCGCGUGGAUAUGCGCAUUGCCGCUAGAGGUCGCAGCGGCCCGCCUCAUGCUGGACAGAACCCACAGUCCGCUGCCAAAUCCGUCCACCGAUCCGAAUGCCUAUGAACUCGGCGAAUUAGACGGCCACUACAUUGCCAUUACCUGCCUUCCAGCUGGCGUAUACGGAACAGUGGCCGCCGCGAAUGUUGUCUCUCGCAUGCGUUCUACCUUUCCUCGACUCCAGUAUGGAUUGAUAGUGGGUAUUGGAGGCGGUGUCCCAGGUAAAAACAAUGACAUCCGACUAGGCGAUGUCGUGGUCAGUAAACCGGUUGGACAGCACGGUGGAACCGUGACAGGGGGGAAACUUGAGCCAACUGGCGCCUUAAAUAAACCACCAAAGACUCUUUUGACCCACAUGAGUCAACUAGAGGCGAAAAUGGUUACUGGAAGCGAGGGUGGUCUGAAGAAAAUAACGGAGGAAGUACUGAAACAAAACCCUGAUAUGGAAGAAAGGUUUUCUCCCCCAGAACAGCUUAUGGACCUCCUUUUUGAAUCUUCCUAUCACCAUGCUGCCGGGAAAGACACCUGUGAAAAGUGUGAUAAAGAACAAUUAGUUAAACGAAAACCACGGGAAACUAGGACACCUUAUAUCCACUACGGGUUGAUUGCAUCUGGAAAUCAGAUGAUGAAGGACUCAGGGACACGAGACCGGCUAGCACUGCAGCAUGGGAUACUGUGCUUUGAGAUGGAAGCUGCAGGCCUCAUGGAUGAGCUUCCGACACUGGUGAUUUGAGGAAUAUGCGACUAUUGCGACUCUCACAAGCAGAAACAAUGGCAAGGAUA